AGAAGCGGCGUUAAAAUGCGGAACCAUUCUCUAAUUUUGUGGGUUUUAUUAUUCGUGGACGGUGUGUUUGGUGCUGCUGAAGUGUCAGUGUCAGUAUCAGUGAUGAAGGGAGAUUCAGUCACUUUACACACUACUGUUUCUGAACUACAGAGCGAUGAUAUAAUCGAGUGGAUGCGUGAAGAUAAUGUCAUCAUAGCUGAAGUUAAAAACAACAAAUAUGAAAUUAAAAACAACAACCCAACAAAUGAUGUUCCUGAUAGGAGUUUCGAAGGCAGACUGGAGCUGGACCAUAAAACUGGAUCUCUCACCAUCAAAAACAUCACAUCUCAACAUGAAGGAAUUUAUAUACUAGACAUCGGGGGUGGACAUCUAAUAUCCAAGAAUUUCAGUGUUACUGUUCAUGAUGUUGUGGAGUCAGUAUCAGUGAUGGAGGGAGAUUCUGUCACUCUACACACUAGUGUUACUAAAAUACAGAGAGAUGAUGUGAUACGGUGGUUUGGAGAUCAAGUUAAUGGAUUAAACAGCGCUGGCGAUUCGGGAUGGAGUAACAUUCAUCUGAAUAAUCAGACCGGAGAUCUUACCAUCAAAAACAUUCAAAUGAAACAGUCUGGAGAUUAUAAAGUGGAGAUCAACACCACCACUAUGAUCUUGCACAGGAAAUUAAAAAUUACUGUUGGUGCUGCAAAGACUGUGUCAGUGAAGGAGGGAGAAUCUGUCACUCUACACACUGGUCUUAUUGACAUACAAAGAUAUGAUCUGAUAUUGUGGAAGUUUGAAGACCUUCUCAUUGCUGAAGUCAAUAAAGGGACCAAUCAGUUCAUAGUAUGUGAAAAUGCUGAUGUGAGAUUCAAAGGCAGACUGCAGCUUAAUGAAAAAACAGGAUCUCUCACCAUCAGUGGCUCUGAAACCACAGACUCUGGAGAUUAUCAUCUAAAUAUGAGCAACAAAAUGUGCACCUUACAUAGGACUAUAAUUGUUACUGUCAAAGCUAUUGUAACACCAAAGAGCCACACUGAAGAUCCAGGUCUUCACCCAGGUUAUACAGCACUGAUAUGUGUUUGUAUAGUCUUAGUUGCAGUUACAGUUGCUUUUGUGAUUUACUGUCACCGCAAGAGUUUAAGCGAGGAUCAAUUGAAUCAACCUCAGGAUCAGCAUGAAUCCAUUCAUAACAGUACAUAA